AUGGAUCUGGAUCAGGCGCGGUGUUCGCUGACGAUGAGAUUGAAUGAGGCGCCGAAGUCCGGAUCCCUGGCGUUUUCCACCUCUCCGAAGGUUUCUUUCCCUACUUCGUUAAUUACGUCUGCAUAUUUGAUUCUUCCAAUUAAUUAACGCGUGGCGUGGGGGAGCAGGAAGAGUAUAAGAGGAUCGUGGAGGAGAACCUGGCCCUGGAUCCCGAAGGGAAGCCAUUCAAGAUGCUGGUGUUCAAGGACAGCCCCCGGAGGAGUGGGGGGCGGCUCCUCCUCGUCGACGAGAUGCUGCACGACGAUCAGGAUCGGUGCAAGAAUCGCCUCCGGCCGAUCCGCAGCGUCCCCAAAGUCUGUACCACGUCUCUUCUCUGCUGAACCCACGCUUUCUUCAUCCAAAAACGUUGACCAGGUCUUCUGAUAGACCAGGAAAUGAAUUAUCCAUCCCCGAAUAAUCCAUGGAUUUGCAGAUUACGUUCCUUUCUCAAGAUCAAGGAAUGAAUAUUUUACCUGGUUUGCAGUCUGCAGAUAAGAUCCUGGAUGCGCCAAACCUGGUGGAUGACUACUACCUGAAUCUCAUGGAUUGGGGCAGCAAGAACAUCCUGGCCCUCGCCCUCGGGGACAGCCUCUACCUGUGGAACGCCACCAGCGGGGACGUAGAGGAGUUGCUGACGUCGGACAGCGACGAAAGUCAACCGGCGAGCGUCGCCUGGUCCUCCGACGGGAGAACACUGGCUGUCGGAUUCACUGACUCCACCGUCCAGAUAUGGGACACCGCCGCCGCGCGCCAGGUCAGCUCCGAGCCCUUUUCAGCAUUUAAUUUUUCGGAUAAAAUAGAAGGAAAAUAAAAAUUAGGAUUCUCAAAAAUUAUAUUUUUGAGAUUUAAAUUAAUUCCUGGUUAAAUCCGAUGUUAUCGAUUAUUUCUGCCAUUGAGAGAAGUAUAUUUGCUCCGAACUGGCUGUUCUUCUUCGACAGGUGAGGGUGCUCAGAGGGCACAGGGACAGAGUCAGCAGCCUAUCGUGGAACUGCAACCUCCUUUCUUCUGGGAGCAGAGAUGCCUCCAUCAUCAACCACGACGGUGCCCUAACUGGCCCCCCCACCCCUCUCUUUCUCUCUCUCUCUCUCUCUCUCUCUCUCUCUCACUCACUCACUCACUCACUCACUCAUUCGUCUUCUUCUUCGUCGUCGUUUUCAUCCAGUAAGGGCAGGCGCGAGCUCUGCAUCUCGCUUCCAGGGGCACUCCUCUGAAGUAUGUGGGCUGCGGUGGUCGGCGGGGGGAAACCUCCUGGCGAGCGGCGGCAACGACAACCGGGUUUUUGUGUGGGAAGCCCCCAACAGGCGCUCGUCUAGGCACCUGCAUAGGUUGCACGGCCACUCAGCGGCGGUGCGGGCCCUCGCAUGGUCCCCUCAUCAGCCCAACUUGCUGGCCUCCGGCGGCGGCACUGCCGACCGCUCUAUCAAGUUCUGGAACACCCAGGCCGGCAGCUGCGCCACCACCGUCGACACCGGCUCGCAGGUGACUCAAAGCUCUUCUUCUUCUUCUUCUGCCUCUCCCCCUCCGCGCAGGCAGAGAGAGAGCAGAGAGCUCACGAUGGUGAUCGCAGGUUUGCGCGUUGGAGUGGAACAGGCACCGGAGUGAGAUCCUCAGCGCCCAUGGCUUCAGCCGCAACCAGCUCUCCCUCUGGAGUUACCCCUCCAUGCUCAAGGUCGGUGACAUGAACGGCCAUUCGAACCGAGUCCUCCACCUCUCUCAGGUUUCUCUCUCUCUCUCUCUCUCUCUCUCUCUCUCCCCCUCUCCUUCUUCUUUUCUCUUCCGGUUCGGUCUACACCUUCUAGUCGGGCAUGCAGAGUCCCGACGGGAUGACGGUGGCGUCGGCAGGGGCGGAUGAGACUCUGCGUUUCUGGAAAGUUUUCGGACCGCCCCAAGCAAUAGCGGCGGCAGCGGGGAACCGCAAGAGCAGCGGGCCCUCUUUUUCCAUGAACCGAUCCUUCAUUCGGUGA